AUGACGCCGAGUUGGCUGCUCGUCGCCGUUCUCCUGGCCUUCGUGCAGGCGUCGCCGCCAAUGUGUCACUGUCCGAAUGGGCAGGUUGGAAGUACGCUCUCUUUUUUGAAUUCUUCAAUAGUGUCGAUUUGAUUUUCCAGUGCAAUGCCCUUCUCCGAUCACUUUCAACUGUCCUCCACAAGCGCCUUGUCCCAGUUCUCCCCCUUGCAACAUGUUCGCAGGGCUUCCCACGCUCCCAACUUUUUCCCCACAGUCAUUCCAGGUACAUUCCUUUACAAAUUUCCCUCACUACUCCUUCUUUUUUUCCAGACUCUUGCUCCGUUCACUCUCGCUCCACUACCAGGAGCUCCUCAAGGAAUAACUGGUCCUCCGCAGCUUCCUCCCGCAGUUGCUCCGCCGACGAACGGCCAGGAGACUCUGGUGGGAAUCAAUCAACCAGCACCUCCACCGCCAGUUCAAUACAAUAAUCAAGGUACGGAAAAAUUGUUGAGAAGUGAACAAGAGAUGGUUCAGGACCACAGUACAACGAAGCCCCGCCGCCUCCGCCGCCGCUGCCGCCUCAGCAGCAGCAGCAGCAGCAACAUGCUCCCCAAGUUCAGAUUCCUGUUCAAGACGCCACUACUCUCCGACCAUCCACGCUUCCCAGCGAGACGUAAACUAAACUCAAAGAUGAUCUUCUGUUCACAAUUCGUACACUUUCAGAUACGUUGAGCUAGAGAAUCCAGAGACCAACGUCAAUGAGCCACCCCCACCAGUCCUGCAAAACACUGUUGACAAAGUAUUCGAGUCUGAACCCAACAGUGAGCAACUCUUUUUGAAAUAUGAAUAGCUGUUAACCCAUUUCCAGACGGUUAUCGCCAGCCAGUCCGUCGCCAAGCACCUCCACUCAGCGAGAAGUGUAACGAUGACCGUCUGCGUCGCAUCAUUGAAGAGAACGUCGACGACAAUCCGUCGACGUCGAAAAGAAAGAUCCAGAAGGCCGCUGCAGAUGAGAUCGGUGGUCUUUUCGACGUCAUCUGCUCGGCCCACGACUUCUCUUAUUUGGCGAACACCCAAUUGUUCUGCGAAUCCGGAAACGAUGACGUCACUUGCUUCGCAUUCCUGCACUCUCUCAUCCAGUAA